UUGUCAUUCAAAUACGGGGCGGGGCUAUUUCUCUAUAUUAUGAAGCGCAGUGAGCUGAGGAGGAUUGUCUGGACUUGUAUCCGUUACUCGAAGACGCGAAGAGAAAAUUCCUUUUGAGACAUAAACAUAAUUUAUUUAGAAGGUCAUUAAGAAGUGGAUAUGAUGGAGCUCAUCAUCAAACUCCUGAGUGGGGAAACGCAAAGCGUGUACGUGAAUCCUAAUGACACCGUUGCUGAACUCAAGCAAAAACUUGCAUCACUCUUUAAAGCAAGACCUUCACAGCUGAAGCUUUCCAUCACCAAUGGACAAAUCUUGCAGCUGGACCAUGACCAGAAGACGGUGAGAGAUUACGGCCUGAGUUCAGGAUCCACCGUGAUGCUGCUGAUCUGCACGACCCCCGCACCGUUUCAGGUGUUCGUGAAGAAUGAGAAGGGCCAGACGAAAACGUACGACGUCACUGACGAUGAGACCGUCGAUGAGUUGAUGAGGAAGAUCUACCAGAAAGAACGAACACCAGUGGACCAGCAGCGGCUGAUCUACAGCGGCCGACAGCUCGAAUCUGGCAGGAAGCUGCAGGAUUACAGCAUCGUUUCUGGAAGCACCAUUCACAUGACCCUCCGUCUGCGUGGAGGCUGAUGGGACAAAAACACGUGGAGAUCAUUUUAGCGUAAAAGAAAAAAUUCUGUUUUGCACGAUUAAUAGGGUUAUAUGUUAGAUACAUAUAUUUUAAAGUUCAUAAUCCAAAUCACACUCAACUGUGUCGCCUUUUUGGAUAGUGUUUUUUUUUCAGUAUUUUCCUGCAUUCCUUUUCCAUUUUUAUUCUACGUGUAGUUUUUCUUUGCAUCCAGAAUCUACUCGUGGCUUCCAUUCAUAAAAACGUUCCAAAAUUCAUAGGAUUGUAUUAAGUUUGCUUGCUUUAAUGAUUAAAAUUGCUUUUAGAAUUAUUUAUUUGCACAAGUAGUAUAAGUAAUUUAGAAAUAUAUUUUAAGAAAGUAUUCAUAUGUAUAUUUUUUUAUUUUGAUCUAAUUGCUGUCUGGACCAACACAUGAACUGACUGUCGUCUGUUUAGAAGAUUACAUGAAUAUGUGCUAUAAUAACAGAUAUUUGCGUAUAAGUGUAAAAACUGUGAUGGUUUAUACAUGAAUACGUUUCAUAUCUCUGUACAUAAAAAAUUUGAUCAAAAUGAUUGGACUGCUUUGGCUUUAAUAAAAAAAAAAAACUCUG